CUCCUGUAAUCGAAUGUGAAAAGUGCCGUGUAGCGUCAGAACAGAGGGACGUGUCUGUAAUGGAGCUGCGUCUGUCCCCGCUCAACCGUCCAAUGGGAUGGCACUUCCGGGAGCGAUAGAGACGCAGCUGCGGACAGAGCGCUCGCCCCCUGCAGCAUAGAGCAGACAUCCCGCGGUAGAAGGUCCGUGAUCAUCUCCUCGCCUGGCUGCAGCCAUGUCGUACGCCUAUCUGUUCAAAUACAUUAUCAUCGGCGACACAGGGGUGGGGAAAUCCUGUCUACUGCUGCAGUUUACAGAUAAGAGAUUUCAGCCGGUCCAUGAUUUAACAAUAGGAGUUGAGUUUGGGGCCCGAAUGAUCAAUAUUGAUGGGAAACCCAUCAAACUGCAGAUCUGGGACACGGCAGGACAGGAAAGUUUCCGAUCUAUAACACGGUCUUAUUACAGAGGCGCUGCAGGAGCACUGCUUGUGUAUGAUAUCACCAGACGAGAAACAUUUAGCCACCUCACCUCCUGGUUGGAAGAUGCUCGACAGCACUCCAGUAGCAACAUGGUCAUCAUACUGAUUGGAAACAAAAGUGACCUGGAGGGCCGUAGAGAUGUUACAAGAGAGGAAGGAGAAGCGUUUGCCCGUGAACACGGACUGAUAUUUAUGGAAACUUCUGCUAAAACUGCUGCCAAUGUGGAAGAGGCCUUUAUUGGUACUGCCAAAGAAAUAUACAAGAAAAUUCAACUUGGACUCUUUGAUGUAAAUAAUGAGGCUAAUGGAAUCAAGGUUGGACCGCAGCAAUCAUUAACGGAGCCACUAGGGGGAGCGCGGCAAAGCCAGGCAGAAGGGAGAGGAUCAUCUGGAUGCUGCUGAAGAUAAAUGGCCAACUCCGACAAUGAAAGGGUCCAAUUUCUGGCUCGUCCUAUGUGUGCGCCUCUAUCCUAUUUCAGUGUUUUGUCUUUCUCUUCCUAUUUAAAAAUGGCCUCUCAGCCUAUUUCUCCAUGCACAUGAGAGGUAGUGUUCUCUUCUGAAGUCCUAGUGUUAUUUCAUUCUCCUGCUCCAUGUAGCAACUACCAAUAUUUGUUUCUAUAAAAGCUAGCGGUAUUAAUACUGUUCUCUUACAAG